CCCAAAAGCACGCAGACCUGAGUCGGUAGUAAAAAGCGCGGCAAAUCAAUUGUGCGGCGGCAAAAGUAAAAACUUUUUCAAGUUUUUUUGAUGAGUUCCUUUCAAAAGGUGUUAUUGGAAUGUGGGUGAAAUGCCGAUGGGACUGAAAAUACGUUAGUGUGCAGGAACGCCAGCUAAAGUGCCAAUUUUAUGACUAAUCUACCCAGUUUAGAAAAUAAUGUAAAAGAGAAAAACCAUUGACUGACCAGCAAGCUUUUGUGCGUGAGAUUGAAAAACGACCAGGUAUAAUAAAGUGAAAAGCUGUCUGACAUGUUUACUGUUUUGGGAGUGCUUCUGUUUGGAGCAGCAGGAUUUUAUUUCACCCAUGCAGAACAACUGAAAACAAUUCCACGUGGAGUGUGCACCGAUGGUUAUUUCCAAUGCGCAAAUGAUACACUAUGCGUCCCUCAAAAUCAAAAUUGUGAUGGGGUAGCAGAUUGUCCUAAUGGUAGCGACGAGGAAGACUGUGAUGAUGAGCAUGAUGAUGAAUACUGGGAUCAUUUGUACAGAAAAAAUCCUGCAGCAGAACACGAUGACUGGGACAAUGAAACUUGUUCUUUUUCAUACAAUGGCCCUUGCAAAUGUCGAAAAGAAGAUUUGCUUUGUAAAUACCAAAACUAUGACAAAGCUCCAAUGGAUCUACCAUCAGCUGAUAUCAAUAUAUUGGAUUUUACUGGAAAUAAUUUUAAAAACUUGACUGUUGAUUCUUUAAAAUAUGUUCCGGAUACAGUGGAAAAAUUGAUUUUAAAGCAUUGCAAUGUAAUUGAGAUGCAGGAAAAGGCCUUUUUUAAGCUGGAGCAUACCCGCAGCUUGUAUCUUGACAACAACCAUAUUAAAAUAUUCCCAAAGAAUCUAUUUCCAAUAAGAAAUAAACUGCAUAUUCUCUCACUGAUGUACAACGAUAUCUCAAAAAUACAUGAUGAGGCAUUUUCCAGCUUGGGACACCUUAUUGAAUUAGACUUGAGAGGAAAUGAAAUUGCUGAAAUUGGAGCAAAAGUAUUUCAGGAACUAAAGCAGCUUGAGAUUCUAUACUUGCAGAACAACCAGAUAUCGUAUAUCAAAAUUGAUUCGUUUCCCAAGUUACCGGUUCUGCAGCUCUCGCUUAUGGAAAAUAAAAUAAACAGCAUCGAUGGAGGAGCAUUCGCGAACUUGACACAACUUAGAAGUUUAUUUUUAUCAAACAAUCGCCUGCAAGAGCUAAAAAAUAGAACUUUUGCCAAUCUUACAGCAUUACAAGCUUUGACCUUAAACAAUAAUUUUAUAAAAACAGUGGAACUUGGUGUUUUUCUAGACAUUCCAGAUUUACAAUCUUUACGACUGGAGGGAAAUCAGUUUAGAAAUUUGGAUAAAAAAUUACUAGAGUCUUCAGAUAAACUUCAAACAAUAUACUUUGAUCGUUUCGAAAUGUGCUCCUCAGUGCCAAAUGUACGAAAUUGUUAUCCUAAAGGUGACGGUAUUUCAAACCGAGAACAUAUGCUAGCCAAUCCUAUACUUCGUACUUGCGUCUGGUUGAUGGGUGCUAUAGGAUGUACAGGAAAUCUUAUAGUUUUGUGGUGUCGACGAUUUGCACCCACGACCAACGCUGUCCAUUCGCUCUAUCUUAGAAAUUUAGCAUUGUCGGACCUGCUUAUGGGAGUAUACCUCUUUAUUAUCGCAGCUGAAGAUCAACAUUAUCGAGGAGUGUAUCUAAGCUACCAGUAUAUUUGGCGACAUAGUUAUAUUUGUAAACUAUGUGGAUUUUUAAGUACUCUCUCAUGCGAGUCAUCUGUCCUCAUUCUAACUCUAGUUACUUGGGACAGAUUUGUAUCAGUAACACAGCCAUUAUUACGGAAACAACCAUCUAAGAAGAUAGCAGCUAUCACUCUAAUCACGCUUUGGAGUUUUGCUACUAUCGUGUCACUAAUACCGCUAAGCGAUUUUACAAGCAGCUACUUUGGAGACGAAUUCUACGGCAACAAUGGAGUAUGUUUGUCAUUACAUAUCCAUGAACCGUACUCAAUGGGAUGGGAAUAUUCAGCAGCCAUGUUCAUUCUUAUUAAUACAUUGGCUUUGAUUUUCAUCUGCUACGCUUACGUCAGAAUGAUAAACGAGAUUAAGUCCAGUGGAGUGGCCUGUAGAUCAACAAGACAAAGUCAAGACACGGAUAAAGUUGCACAACGAUUUGGAGUUAUCGUUUUUACUGAUUGUCUCUGUUGGUUUCCAAUUGUCUUGGUAAAAGUAAUAGCUUUAGCAGGUGUUUCUAUACCUCAAGAUCUCUACGCUUGGUUAGCUAUAUUUGUUCUUCCGAUUAAUUCCGCAUUAAAUCCUGUAUUAUACACGUUAACAACAAGUAUAUUUAAGAAACAGAUGAAGAAAAUGUUUAACUCUUGUUGCCGGAGGAAACGAGAUAAUCAGCAUACUGCAUCUGAAUCUGGUUUUAGUCUUAGCUUUGGAGUUUUUCCGAUAGGAGGAAGUACCAAACGAAUACUUAGUUACAGGGGUACUCACAGCAGCAGUCUAACAGCCAGCAAAACGAGCUGGAAGAGGUCCACAGCGGUAUGAUAAGAUAACUUUUUUAAAGAGAAAAUCAAUUGUUUAGUUUCUUAGUGAUCAAAAAGCGGGAAUACAUACGCUUCAAUACAACAGACCACAAUCAAUAGCUGAUAGAAGCUUGAU